CAUGGAUGUGAGUUUCUUUUUCAGCUGUUCUGCAGGUAGUUGUGUGUAAUUUAAAGAGAGAAGUGUUUUCUCUCUGUGUGUGUGUGUGUGUGUGGUGGAGUAAUUAUAUAUUAUGGCUGAGUGGAGCAGUUCGAGCUUUUCACACGCGGUUCCGAACGGGUCCAGUCGCCACGAGAAGAGCCUGGGACUCCUCGCUAUCAAAUUCGUCACACUACUACAAGAGACCAAAGACGGCAUCCUCGAUUUAAAAGUGGCUGCGGAGUGUCUGGCUGUCAGACAGAAGAGAAGGAUCUACGACAUCACGAACGUCCUCGAAGGGAUCGGCCUCAUCGAGAAAAAGACUAAAAACACUAUCCAAUGGAAGGGGGAGAGUUCAGGCUGCCAGCCUCAGGAGAUCCUGGAGCAGGUGGACCUUCUGAAAGGUCAGAUAGCGGACCUGGAGAGGCAAGAAAGGGAGCUGGAUAUGCAGAAAGCAUGUCUGCAGCAAAGCGUCAAACACCUACAGGAAGACCCCAACAGCAGCAGGUAUAACUAUGUGACUCAUGAGGACAUAUGUGAUGUGUUCAGCGGAGACACUCUUCUGGCAGUAAUGGCACCUGCAGGGACACAGCUGGAAGUCCCUGUGCCAGAAGUGUCUCCAAAUGGCCAGAAGAGAUACCAAGUGAAUCUGCGGAGCCACUCGACUCCCAUCCAAGUGUUGCUGAUCAACAGAGAAACUUCUAGCUCCAGACCGGUCGUCUUCUCUGUGCCACCCCCAGAUGACCUUUGUGCCAUGCCCACUCCACCCAACACACCUGCCAGCCUGCAAAAGUACCCCAUCGCUUCAGAGUCCUGUGGUUUGGAGCACAGCCAGCUCACUCCCUUGUCGACUUCAUCUAAUCUUCACAUGGAGUGCCACUCUGAAUCCCUUGGCAGUCAGUGCAUGUUGAUGCAGGAGCCCCUUGUUGAACCAGAGGCUUCAGCACAAUCACAUGGAGAGCUGGGAGGGCAGGAUAUGCAGUCCAUGAUGGAUGUGGGAAAUCUGCUCCGACUCAACACUGUGGACCAAACGAAGGAGGAGAGAGAAGGUGUUGCUGAUCUUAUAGAUGAGCUCAUGUCCUCUGAUGUCUUCCCCCUGCUGCGCCUCUCGCCCAACCCUGGCGUGGAUUACAAUUUCAACCUCGAUGACAACGAGGGAGUGUGCGACCUGUUUGAUGUUCAGAUUCUGAACUAUUAAGAAAGAGGCUCAAUUCUUCUGUCGGGUUUGGCACAAAUUGUCUUCUCCUCCAUAGUAACAGUCCGGAGUAUUGCCACUAAUAAACGCCAACGACAUUCAAAACAACCUCUGUGUUCUCCACACACUGCACCUCGGCCUGAAUUCAUAUUCUAUUCAAGUCUCUCCUUAACAGAAUGAUCGAUUUGAUCCCAUUAUUAGUCACUAAUGAGUGGUCUAAUUCAUCACUCUGCAUUAAUGUCAGUCGAGAGAUUGCAUCACUUUUGAUUUUUCUUUUCCGUGUUUGUGUGUGGUUACUGGAGCACCUGCCUUAAGAUUGCCUUUCUGUUUUUAUUUGCCUUCACCACAGAGAUCUGGAAUAAUUGUGGGCUUUUGCACUCGUCUGCUUCUACUGUUUUUGGUUAAUGUUUGUAAGAAUAAUUACAGUGCUGCCGUAUUUCAUUCUUGGAAGUUUACUUUAAGCUAUUUAAAAGAUUUUCUCUGUAAAAUAAUUUGUUUAGAUAGUUGUACGUAAUUUAUCAUUUCAAGCACUCUUAAAUAAGAGAAUGU